AUGAAACAACCUAAAGGGUUCGAGGAUCCUUCCAAACCAAACCAUGUCUGCCUUUUGAAGAAAGCCAUUUACGGGCUCCGACAAGCACCGAGACAAUGGUAUACUACUUUCACAUCUUAUUUACUUCAAAUUGGCUUUAAUCAUAGCAGGGCCGAUCCAUCACUAUUAACCCUUCACCGUGAGCACAUUCAACUCUAUCUACUGGUAUAUGUCGACGACAUUCUUCUCACCGGCAACAACACUAAGGCCAUGACCGAUCUAGUGGUUCAGCUCAAAUCAAAAUUCGCCAUGAAAGAUUUGGGUCCAGCAUAUCAGUUUCUCGGCAUUAAGAUAGAAUCUCAUCCAGAUAAGUACUUUCUAUCUCAGAGUUUAUACGCCAAUUCUAUUGUUCAAAUGGCCGAGUUACAGAAAUGCAACUCGGUCGCUAAUCCAUCAUUUACGAAACAAACAGACCUGACGGAUGCAGGCCAGCCGCUCUUUGACGCAACCAGCUACCGCCGGAUCAUCGGGUCGCUGCAAUAUCUCACAUUAACGAGACCAGACAUCGCAUAUGCCGUCAAUGCUCUAUCUCAGCACAUGCACAACCCGUCCACCUCGCAUACCAAAAUGCUUAAGAAGCUCGUCAGGUACAUCAAAGGCUCUACUGAAUUCGGCCUUCCAAUCACUCGUUCCAAUUUGAUCCUUCGGACCUUCUCGGACGCCGAUUGGGCCUCGGAUCCAAUCACUCGCAAAUCCACGUCUGGCUUCUGUACAUUUCUUGGCGAUACUCUAGUGUCUUGGACUGUUAAGAAACAAAACACUGUCUCCCGAUCCUCCACUGAGUCAGAAUACAGGGCGUUAGCAGCCGCUACCGCCGAUACUAUCUGGAUAAAGAGGCUUCUCGAAGACUUUUGUGUUCAGCACCCUCAACCAGUUGACGUUUAUUGCGACAACAUUUCCACUAUUGCACUAGCUAAUAACCCUCUCUUUCAUGCAAGAACAAAACAUAUCGAGAUUGACCAGAGGUUCGUUAGAGAUCACAUCCUGCACAAUGUCAUUCGGCUACUACCCAUAAGCACGGUCGAUCAGAUCGCGGACAUUCUUACCAAGCCUUUGGCCACACCUCGAUAUAAACUCCUUCGCUCCAAACUGACCAUUGGCUGCAAUAAUCAGUUUGAGGGGGAAUGUCAAGGAUAA